AUGUUGAAAAUGGCGAUCAAAGCAAGGCUUCCUUUGUUUUGCUUCUUGCUCGUUACGCUGUUGCUUGUUUCUGUGACUCCGGCUUUUGGAAAAGAAGACCCAGAGCUGAGGCAGUGCAAGCAACAGUGUCAACGCCAAGAGGGAUUUGAUAAGAGCCAAAGGAGACAAUGCGAGCAAGGUUGUGAAUUAUCCUACAGAGAGAAGGAGAGGAGAGAACGAGAACAAGAAGGCGGUCGUGGCGGCGACCGGGAUGAUGAGUGGAACCCUCAAAGUCCCGAGGAAAGGCUUCGUCAGUGCGUUAGGACAUGCGAGCAAAGAGAAGAAGAACAGCGACCUCAGUGCCGUCAAAGAUGCGAAGAGGAGUACAGACAAGAGCGGGAACGAGAAGAGAGAGGAAGAGGUCAAGGCAACGCCAAGGAUCCUCGGAAGGAGUACGAAAAAUGCCAGAGAAAGUGCCAGAAGAAAUCGGAGGGGACAGAUGAGCGACAACGGUGUGAGAGUCGCUGUGAGGAGAAACGUAGAGAGCGUGAGAGAGAGCGGGAGAGCGAGCAGGAGGAGAGAGAGAGGGAGAGAGAGCAGGAGGAGAGAGAGGGGGAGGGAGGAGGAGAGGGGAAUCCUCAGUACGAAGGUGAAGAAGAGGAGGGAAGAGAACAAAUGGAAAACCCAUAUGUUUUUGAGGACCAGCACUUCACUUCUAAAAUUCAGACCGAACAUGGCAGAUACCGUAUUCUUCAGAAGUUCACUGAGAGAUCAGAGCUUCUCCGUGGCAUCGAGAACUACCGUAUCGCCAUUCUUGAAGCUGAACCUCGCACCUUCGUUGUGCCACACCACAGGGAUGCUGAGGCGGUCAUAUUUGUUGCCAACGGACAGGGUUCUAUCACUCUAGUGUUGAAGGAGAAGAGAGAGAGCUUUAAUCUUCGAUAUGGGGAUAUUUUGAGGAUCUGUGCUGGAACAACUGUUCAUAUCACCAACAGAGACAAGACUCAGAGGCUCGUUAUAGCCAAGCUCCUCCAGCCUGUCUCCAUUCCAGGCCAGCUCGAGACAAGAAGGGAUAGAAUCCAGAGGCUGUUAGGAAAACAAAAUCAAGGAAUGAUUAUCAAAGCUUCUGAAGAGCAAAUCAGGGGCUUGAGCAGACAAGAGGAAGGUGGCAUCUGGCCAUUUGGAGGUGGUGAAUCAUCAAGGGGACCUUUAAACCUCUUCGAGAAGCGUCCCUCAAAAUCUAACGACUAUGGACAACUAUACGAGGUCGAUGAGAGGGACUAUACAAAGUUGGAAGACCUUGACGUGGCCGUCUCUUUUGCCAACAUUACCAGAGGAUCUAUGGAAACUCCAUUCUACAACUCAAGGGCAACAAAGAUAGCUGUGGUGAUAGACGGCGAAGGUUACUAUGAAAUGGCAUGUCCUCAUUUAGGCUCGCAACGCGGUGAACAGCAGGAAAGGCAACCGGGACAUCGCAGAGAAUCCGAGGGCCAACGCAGGGGUGGCCCAAGAUAUCAGAGGGUCAGCGCUCGUUUGAGACGCGGAACAGUGUUUGUUGCCCCCGCCAGCCACCCAAUCGCCAUCGUCGCUUCUAGCAAAGGAAAUCUCCAGGUUCUAUGCUUCGAGGUCAAUGCACGAAACAAUGAGAAAUACCCUCUGGCAGGAAAGAGGAACGUAAUCAAUCAGUUGGAGAAAGAAGCUAAGGAGCUGGGUUUCAGUGCCGCAGAGAAAGAGGUGGAUGAGGUAUUCAAGAGUCAAGAUGAAGAUUUCUUCUUCAAGGGUCCGCGCCAACAGCAGCAUGAGGGCCGUUCUGAUUCCUGA